CUGGUCCAUAUGUCUCCCUCGCAUCUUGUCUAGAGGUCUGGUGUUCUCGAGGACCGAUAAUACUGAAACCCACACAGUCAGCCAUUUCAUGUGUGCCAGUCCCAUGACAUAUGCGGUCAUCUCUGUGCAUGACGGACCACCUGAUGAUGUGUUGGAGGUGAGGUUGCCCUGAUGCACGGAAGUAUCCACGUCAUCUGGGCCAUCGGCCGAAGUCACGUGUCGGCUCCUCGGCGCGUGCCGGCGGACGGUGUUGCCUUGGGAUACGGGUCCGGCAGAGGCGGAGCCUAUGAGAAGGGCGACGAAAAGCACCAGAAUGGCCAUCAGUGGCGUCACGACAAGAAGCUGGCCCCCGCACCGACAACACACGAACAGACCACGGAAGGGACACAGAGAUGUGUGUGACGAAGGUGGUGCACCACUGAGUGCUUUCACCUGGAGCAGCGGUGCCGAUGACUUGUCCGGAUCCUGAUGCUGCCUUGGGACCAGAUCUUCUGUGAGGAGGGAUUCGAUUAGCCGGUUUUUUUUUGGUAAAUGUCUCUUUGGGUAAAUCUGGCGAGCGGGGUAUAUUUCCGUCAAACACGACGAGACGAGGACAGCCGAGCCCGGAGUGAAACACGCUGGCCCGAAUGCACUUUUCUCUGUUGAGCGGAGAAGAUGGGACGCUAGUUUGCAUUUGAACAAGUGUUCUGUCCAAAAAGUUACAAUGAUCGACAU